GUCAUUUACAACACUCUUCCCAUUUCCCUCUCUUUCUUCAAAUAAUCUAUCAUCCACACCACGUUUCCAAGUUCUCCACUACUUCUGCAACUUAUUGUUAUUGUGCCCCAAUUUUACCUUCAAUAUAAUCCAUGCAUCUUCGCAGAAAUAGAUAAACAAAUAAGUUGAAGGAGGGGAGGAAGAAAGGGGGCGAGAGAGGAAUGAAUCUGACGAUGGAGCAUGGACGGUGGAGACGAGGAAUCGUUUUUUAAGUAAAGGGUGAUAGUAGGUAAAAAAGAGGAAUCUACUGGUCUGGAAAAAGAAAAACGCGCCAAAAUAAAAAUCACAUCAAAGAUGUGUUUUUGAAUCGAAGGUAUAUAAAGCCAUUUGCUCAAACUAAAAUCAGAAACCCACACCACACUCUCUGUUCUCAACUUCUCUCGUUAGGGUUCUGGGAGGUGAACACAAUGUUGGAGGAACUGCAAUGGGAGGAUCUCCGAUCCCAAGGACCCUCGCAUCGGUCCUUAUUUUAGAAAGACUGUGGCGGAUUCGAAUGCUCUUGUGCAGGAGAAGGCGCUCGAUUCGAUUCAUUGAUUGCUUACUUGCGAGAUGCAGAUGCUCAUGCUUGCAGGUUUGGGAGUGAAGUUUGUGAUGCGAUUUUAGCAGCGAAUUGCAUGAUGGGAGGGCCAAAGACUGUGGAUAAGACAAAGGAAGUGUUUAUGCUCUGGGUGGAAUUGGAGGCUGUGGAUGCAGUUCUGGAUGCAAUGGAGAAAGCGAUAGAAAACAAAGUUUCAACAGUAGUUGUAACUGCAAUAGAUGUUAUGACUCAAGCUUUAAGUGAAUUUGGAGCAGAAGUUGUUCCCCCACAAAGAAUUUUGAAGAUGCUUCCAGAACUCCUUGAGCAUCAAGAUCAAAAUGUCCGUGCAUGUUCUAUGGAGUUGACCUCUGACCUUUGUCGCUGGAUUGGUAAAGAUAGUGUAAAAUCAAUUUUGUUGUUGGAAAUAAGAAACAAAAUGUUGGAAAAAAAGUUGGAUGCGUGGCUUGCAAAUGUUUCAGGAACAAGAAAGCCAUAUUGCCAAACAAGAUCAGAGCAAGACAAAGAACCAGAGCAGGAAGCUGUAUAUGAGACUGUCCUGGCCUUUCUGAAGAAUCUGGAACUUUGAUACUACAUAACACCACUGGAUAAUUGCCUACUCCUCUGUCUGUAAAUUUCCUGACUUGCUAACUGUUCAUGAGAUUAUACUUGUGUUGAGAUUUGGUGUGCGUUUCUGUGUUUUGUUUCUUGGCUCAUUGUCUUUUUAGACUUCACUGUCUUCCUAACAGCCACAUCCAUACAUAUGAUCUAUAACUGCAUACAACUAUGAUAACAUACAAUCUAUAAAUAGAUAUAUCAAAUUCUAGUGCCAUCCUGGCCUUAUACUGAUUCAUAGCAUGUUUGGAUCAGUUUUUAUUUCCUCAAAAAAUCAAUUUUCUCCUCAGAAUUGAUUUGUGUUAAGACUAGCAUUUUAAGAUGCUGCAGCCGUGAAUUGCAUGAAAUUGGUGAAAGGCAGGCAUAAAGUGCAAUUAUGUAGAGUAUUUGCAGUUGACUUGGAUUAUGAGUGUUUUUGAUAUGAAUAUUCUUUACCCUUAUCCUUUCUUUUCUACUGUGAGGUGGAAUGUCAAAUUAGAAUUAGAACAAAACCAUGUGACCCAUGAGCAGUCCUGUCCACUAGAAUGUAUCUGCUCAAUUCCCCAUCGAUAUUCAUUAGUGCCAUUACACACGCAAAGGUUGGAACUCAAGUUUUAUCAUAGAUACAAGAGUAAAUAAUUGCCUGACGAGAUCCGCUUGACUAACCAGUUCUAAAUAUUAGUAUAUAUACACAAUACACAGCACACUGUCACCUCUAUUUAGAUGUCUCUUUCUUCAUCUUUCGAUCUUCUAUGUAUCAUGUGACAUGAUGCUUGGAAAUGAUAUUUUUCAAUUAUGUUGUAUAUGUUAAUGCAAUCGAAAUCAUAUAAUUAUUUUUAUAUGCACACGCAUAUGCAGAGUACAGAAGAGGUAUUCAGACAAAUUUAGUAAAUAUGCAUGCAGCAUCCUCCUUGUUAUUUUGCUACAAGAAUAUUUAUUUGGGUAACGAAUUUAAGUUAUCUACAAGAUAUGUCAUGAAUAUGUAAUUGGUGUGUUGAAUCGUUUUAAUCUAUCUAAGGCACAGGUUUGCUUUUUUCCCCUUUCCCACAAUCACUUGCUUCUGUUUCCAUUAUAAAGGUCAGUAGUUCACCCUUUUAUAAAUCAUUUACCCUGCAGCUCAAUAGGCCAUGGGUGGUAGCUCCAAAGUUCAGCCUGAUGCUCUAUUUGGAUGUAGGGGUGAGAGUGAGAUGAAAGAAUAAUAUAAGAGGAAAGAAUAUCGAGUGAAAAUUGAUAUGAUUUUAAGUUGUUUGGAUCUAGAGAAAAAGAAUUGAGGCUAAAAGGAAAAAAGUGAGAGUGAGAUUUAGAAUUCCCUACGAACAAACAAUGCAUAAAUAAAUGCAUUAACUAUGCUGAUACAUGUGUACAUAGCACAAAACAAUUGAAAACACAGAUCUUAGAUAUUAUGGAGUCAAAAAAUGAAGUAAAUAAAGUUAGUCGUACAUGACUUUUUAGCCAUGAAUGGCAAAGAACAUAUAUAUAUCAUAAAAGUGAUUUCUAAAGGCCCCCUAGGGAACAUCAUUGAAACCAAAAAAGUAACUAUGGUGGAGUGUUUUGUUUCUUGCCACUUUUGUUUUAUAGCAUUUAGCACCUUACUUGUUCAACAUUCUUUUUCUGUGAUGCUCCAAGCAUAUCAGUCAUUGCACUGCACAUAAGGUUGAAAUUCAGCAUAUACCAAAUUUGCAGCUUGUAGAUUAGAAACCACCAACGUACAGCUGGUACAUUACAUUUUAGUCUCAAAUAAACAGAUAUUUUGAACUACAUUUUCCCAAUAGUUACCUUGAAUGUAUGAUAUCUUCUUUUUGAGCUUUCGUAGCUCCAUUGAUACAAUACUUGUCUGCCCAUGGUGUUAAAUCUUAGAUCGUGGGGUCGAGUCUUGAAAGAUAAAGUACUAGCUUGAGGGGCGAGGAAGCUUCUUAUUUGUACAUAGCAGGUUAAUUUAACACUUGUAAUUUGCCUAACUGGAUCGUGUGGCCAGAUUUGCCGUGUAGUGUACAAAUAAGGAAUUUUCUCGUCCCCCUUAAGAACUUUACCUUCUAAGACUCGAACUCGACCGCAGGACCUGGGGAUUAAGUACAUUGGGCAUGCAAGUCUGAUACCAAUUGAACCUGUAUCACUGAAUAAUUGCUUACUCUUAUGUUUGAUUAACUAUUCAUGAGUUUGUGUAAACACUCCAGCAUCUAUUUUAAGAUGCUGAAGCCACUUAAACUUGGUGGCUCUCCGUGAAUUGCAUCAACUUGGUUAAAGGCAGGCAUAAAAGUGCAAUUAUGCAGAGUAUUUGCAGUUGACUUGGGUUAUGAGUGUUGCUUAAUUGGUAUGAAUAUUCUUCACCCUUAUCCUUUCUUUUCUACUGUAAGGUGGUAAUGUCAAAUUAGAAUUAGAACAAACCAGGUGACCCAUGAGCAGUGUUGUCCACUAAGAUGUAUCUGAUCAAUUUCCCAUAGAUAUCAUUGCACGUUUUUCAUUCAUUAUUGCCGUUACUCGCCCAAUAGUUGGAACUUUGUCCUGCAAUGUCAUGGUACCCCACCAUCUUGGUCACAUGCUAUUCCUCA